AUGCUGUUCGAAGACCUCGCAACCGAACUAGUCGUGCAGGUGUUCUUAUCAUGCCGCUCUGUCACCGACGUGACAGCUCUAUCUUCCACUUGUCGUCGUUUCCGCAACAUCUUUACCUCGUCUCAAAAGCUUCUUAUCCUCGAAAAUGCCGCCGAAACGCAAUUUGGACCUCUGGAAGACCUCACCCAGCUUCUCACUCAUAAUGCCAGCCAGCCUGCGCACAUUGUUCGGACUGUUCCGUUCUCUCUGGCGCUGCUUAAGCAGAUUGUGCAUCAUGGGCGUGUAGCUGAGAAGUGGUGCGACAUAUACCCGUUCAAGAAGUGGAAGCACAACUACGAACUACGCCGACUCUUGACCACGGAGGAGCGCUAUGUUGUAAGGAGGGCCAUAUACAGAAUUUGGCUUUAUUCACGCGCCUUUCACAAUCGCGAACAUCCACGCGAAUUUCGUGCAACAAGACUCGUUCUACUCAAGCGUGCGGCACUCCUACAUAACUGGAGUACAUGGGAACUAGCCGAGAUCGCCGACGUCCAUCGCGUCAUACGGGAAGUCGUACAGAGCAACGUCUGCCCAUCUAACGGCACCAUUGCGCGGAAGUUCAAGAAAAGGCAUCCUGGCAACGAGCACUCUCUGCUAUUCAACAACAUCCACCUCAACUACCCACCCACAGCCCCCCAAGUUUUCAAUCCCUUCACGCCUAACCCCCUCUCCACGCACUUUAACAAUACACCAACCUACCCCUCGCGCUACGCGGCAUCGAAGUUCUCUCUCCACCCAUCCCACGAAGUCGGCGCUGAAGGCUGGGGUGACGAUAUCCCCCAUUACUACGUUAUCGAGGAUUACAUGAAGCUCGAUCCCGCUCAAAUAUUGUACUUGAAGGAACAUGCACCACUAAAGGGCAUGGUGGAGGGUUAUGUGAGGAGCUUGUGUCCGGAGUAUGAUUGGUUCACCAAUAAUGGGGAGACGUGGGUGCAGACGUUGGAGUUUGUGCUCGAUGAGCGUGGAGAGGAUGUUGGAGAUUUCAUGGGGGCUAUUGCAGAGGGUGAGGCUGGUGUUGCCGUCAUCGAAAUGUAA